AUGCUAGGAUUACAUUAUUACUCGUAUUAAUAUUAUUCGUACUAAGACUUGCAAAAGAUAAAGGAAAUACUUAAGUAUGAUUCGAUUGGUGUGAUAUAAUUUUAUGAAGGUGAGAAAAUUAUACAAUACAAGAUAAAUAGAUCAAAUUGUUUUUUAUUAAGUGAUUUAAUAGAAUUAAUUGUAAUUGUUAUUUUCGAUAUUUUAGAAAAUUGGAUUUAUUAGAUUUCAUUUAGGAUAGCUGUUAUAACUUUUCAUUAAUUUGUUAGAGAAAGUAAUUUACAUGCAAAAUCACCAUAUAAAACAUAAUUAUUUAAGUUUAGAUAAUAUAUGGUUAAAAUUUGAAAAUAAUCAAUAUCUCACUAUUCUAUAUAAAAAAGUUUAAUAUUAAAUUGCUUUUACAGGAUAUUAAUAAAAACCAUAAUGUGGUGAUUCCGAAAAAAUACUAUAAAUUAUUUAAGACAUAAUAAUGUGUUUUUUAAAUAAUGAUAUAGUAUGUAAUAAAAAAAGCAAGUCAAAAAAAGAUAUCUUUGAUAGCAUUUACCAGGUUAUUUUUAAUUCAUGUUAAAAGUAAGAUAUAUAAAAUACAAUUAAUGUCAUUAAAUAAUUGCUUCUAAAUAACAAAUUUGACCCUAAUUUUCAAACAAUUUCAUUUGAUGAUAAAAUUAUUGAUUAUUAUAAAUAUUCAAAGAGACAAUUUCAAUAAGAAAAAAUUCGGAAAACAUUAUAAAGUUUGAUUUUAAAAUAUAAUGAAAAUCCUCUAGUUUUGGAUUAAUUUUUGUUUGAAAAAAUUCGUGAAAUGAGAAUCAACUUAAAGAAUUGGAUAUGCCCAGAUUUAGAUGAGACUUAAGAGUAAAAAAAAUAUAACGAAUUGCUAUCAAAUUAUCAAAAGAAAAAAGAAUUAUUAAAUAGAGAGGCUUUUAUCAUUCUUAACAAUAUAAUUAAUGAGGAAGUGAAAAGAAAAUUUAACGUAUUUUUUAAAUUUGAAAUGGACUAGUCUUAUAGAUAAAAAAUAAUUGACUAAAUAAUGGAAUUAAAAAUAUUCAAGUACUUUGAAAAUUCUAAAACAAUAUAUCAAUGUGUUAAUGAAGACUAUUAUUGUAAAGUACUAGUUAAUUAUGCAAUUCCUAUAGUAAUGAAAUGUGUAGAUGAAUAUACCAAAUUCUAAAUUCUGAUAUUGAUAAAUGAGUUAAUUUGA